AGCUGAGGCAGACAUGGCGUCUCCCGCGGUGGGCAGCCACGUGUGGGUGGGAUCCGAGACGGGGAUUUUGAAAGGAGUCAACCUGCAGAAGAAACAGGCCACGAAUUAUAGGAUGGGGGAAACAACUGUCAGUCGACGAGAAGCUGUCACCUCCAUGUGUUGGGGUGAUUCGUACGAAUCAGAGAUCUUUGUGGGAUGCCUCGAUGGAUCCGUUCGAUUAUUCAGUACCGAAAAGGGCAAGUUUAUUGAAUCACGGGACUGCCACGGAGGUGAAGGAGCCUUUUGUGGCUUAGCUGUCCUUGAUGGUUCCCUUAUCACCUGUGUGGAGUCUGGGUUGAUGAAAAUCUGGCGGGAUGCCUCCUCGGAGAAUGUUUAUCUCAAAUCCCGAUUGAACUGUCUCUUGCUGACCAGCCGGGAAAAAUGGGAGAGUGAGGAUAUGGAGCCGUCCAUUAACCUGCAGGAUGAGGUGAAAGAGGAAGACGACGAAUUAUGGAACUCCAUGGAAGUGGUGGCUUCCAAACGGAAAGCCGGUGACGAUCUUGGCUCCCGGACGGGGAAUUCGAAACCCCCUAAGGACGCAACCGUCCAAAAGCAGAAAAAGAUGAAAAAGACUAAAUUAUGUUCACGGUGAGAGGUACUGUUCUUAUCUAGGCUUCCCCAAAAAGCACGAAUCAGAUUCCUGGUCCCAGCAAAACCCCUUUUCUUAAACGAAUGUGAACGUCUCUCAUUCACAUUCAGCCAAGGCCUGGCAAACAGUCUUGCAAAGGCAUAUUUAUGACCACAGACCUUAUCUAUC